UCAACUCCAAACCUCAUCUCUGCAAUUCACUUCUCUCCAAUGGCGACCACAUAUACCACCACCUCCUUCACUUUCAAAACCCUAAUCUCCUCCUCCCACCCAAACCCUAGGUCCACUGUUCAACUCGCUUUUCCCCUCCGAUUCAACUCAAUCUCUCGCCCGCGACUCACCUCCCGCUCUGGCGCCGUACGUCCGAUUCGAGCCGCCGUUAGCGAUGGCGAGUACUCAUCGAAGCGGAGCAGCAGCAAUGAACCUAGAGAAACGAUUAUGUUACCCGGCUGUGACUAUAACCACUGGCUCAUUGUCAUGGAGUUCCCCAAAGACCCGGCUCCCACGAGAGAGCAGAUGAUCGAUACGUAUCUCAACACGCUCGCUACUGUACUGGGAAGCAUGGAAGAAGCAAAGAAGAAUAUGUAUGCUUUUAGCACCACCACAUAUACUGGGUUCCAAUGCACUGUGUCUGAAGAAACAUCUGAAAAAUUCAAGGGGUUGCCUGGCGUUCUUUGGGUGCUGCCAGAUUCAUACAUAGAUGUUAAGAAUAAGGAUUAUGGAGGUGAUAAAUACAUAAAUGGGGAGAUCAUUCCUUGCACAUACCCUACUUACCAGCCAAAACAACGAAGAGAAUCAAAAUAUGAGAGCAGAAGAUAUGAAAGACGAAGAGAUGGCCCUCCUGCUGAAAAAAGACGACCACGACAAGAAGCAAGCCGCUCAGAAUCAAAUUCUGGAUGAGGUAUUCAAUUUUAGAUACCUCGCAUGUUUCUAUAAAUCGUAUUGUUAUGAUUUGUAUGGUAACUGUUCUUUAUUUUGUAUUGGCAGUUCAUUAAUAUUUUUCUCUAGAGGUGGCUGUUACACUGAUCUACAAUGGAUAAUGGUUAGUUACAUAUGAGGACAUUUGUCAGUGGAUACUCAAAUCCGUCCUUAGAUUUUUGUAGAGUUCAGGUUAUAUGGUUGUCGGGCGAUGGAAAAUGUUCUGUUAGCCUGUAAGAACUUUGAUGGAAGAUAACACUUGAGGAAUAUUUAGUUAAUCCAAAUCUAUCUCUUUAAUGGUAUCUCAUUUGUGUGAUCAAACUAUUCCCGUGUAGUUUAGCUUUGGAAGUAUGAUAUUUAGAUGUAUGGAUUGAACUAAUUGUGGAAUUUGAUAGGCACCUGGACUUUCAUGCUUC